AUGUGGAUUUGAACUGGAGGCGGGAGGGAGAGGAGAGCAGUGAGAAUGAGCCCCUAGCUCAAGGGCAGCGAGCGAACACGCCACGCAGCAGGAGAGUAACAGCAUCAGCAGUUGCAGCAGCAGCAGGGGCAGCCGCAGCAGCAGGAGCAGCAGCAGCAGCUGCUGGAGCAGGAGCAGGAGCAGGAGCAGGAGCGGCAGUUGCAAGGGUGGUGGGAGUAUCAAGUCGUAACGAGGAUGGGAGGGAGGAGGAGGAGGAUGAAGAAGAUUUCCGGAGUGCGCGGGUGCAGUGGGAUGAAGAUUCUGCUCGUGGAUCUGCAAGCACUCCCCGAUCCACUGGUCAAUCAUCCACCCGCUCCCAGGAGGGUUCUGUCACUCCGCGCUCUACAGCUCGCUCCUCUGCUCGCUCUCUGUCGCUGUCUCAGGCGAACACGCUUGGAGCACACGCUCUUGCUUGCUCCCUGUCACAAUGACAGUCAAACACGCUUGAGAGCUGGGGGAGAGAGGGAUGACGAGAGUUUGAGGUGGGGU